CUCUCAGUGCUCGCCUUGCUGCGUGAAACUGAGAGAGUCUGCCCCGUGUAAAAGCUCCUGGCGCUGAGAGGCAGAGAAAACCACCUCUGGGGGCAAUUGGGGAUUCGCAGCUAUUCAGUUUGAAGAGGGGAAACUUUAAAGCGAGAGAGUGCGGAAAGAGAAAGGAAGCCACAGCCGUGCACAAACCAAAACUAAAAUCGAGUGGCAUUGAUCAGGAGGAUGAAAGUGCAGGAUCUGCCAGUGUUGGUGAUUACAACUGUCUCCCUGCGACUGAGCGCCGCCGAUCGCUGCCCCAGUGUGUGCGAAUGCUCAGGGUGGAAUAUUUUCCAGAUAACCUGCAAAUUCAUCGAUCACAUCCCGUCCUUUCCCCUGAACACCGAGAAGAUCCGAUUCAUGGAGACUCAACUCAAGACCAUUCCUGCUGAAGCUUUUACAAACCUCCCAAACAUUUCGAGGAUAUACAUUUCAAUUGAUGCAGUACUUCAGAAAGUGGAUGCACAUGCAUUCUUCAAUUUGGAUAAAGUUACACACAUAGAGAUACGGAACACAAAGAGCUUGAGUCACAUUGAAACAGAUGCUUUCAAGAAUCUCCCAGUUCUGAAAUACCUGGGCAUUUUUAACACCGGGCUGAACACAUUUCCAGACCUGACGAAAAUUUGUUCCACUGACGUGAACUUCCUGCUGGAAAUUGCUGACAAUCCCUUCAUUUCUACCAUCCCUGCAAAUGCCUUCAGUGGAUUAUCCAAUGAGUCACUAACUCUAAAGCUGUACAACAACGGGUUCACAAAAGUGCAAGCCUACGCAUUCAAUGGAACGAAACUAGAUGCGGUCUUAAUGGUGGCACAUAAUCAUCUAAUCACCUUCUGCCCUAUCCCUAUUAUAGGAAUCAAAUGAAGAAAGACUGGCUGUGGAUUUAAAACUUCAUUGUACAUACUCUGCAAGUGUAAAGAGUAAUAUUAUAAGGAACUUAAAUAUUUUGAGUGGGUUCGUGAAGUCGUCCUCCUGACUACAGUUCCUUUUCUUAUUGGAUUGGAUAGGACAUUCUUCACUGGAGGUUAGAGGAAUGAGGUGAUCUCGUAGAAACCGAUAAAAUUCUUCUCAUUCUGUUUCCUUAUGAAGCCAGCGACCCACU